AUGGGUGUUGAUGCAAAGGGCAUUGGACUUCUUCUCUGGAGAAUUAUUAGAUUUUCUGGAAGUUGUUGCUAUAGAUUUGUAAGAAAAUAUCCAGUUGUGUCAGGUCUUUUGAUCUUUGUUUUCUUCCUUUACAUUUGUUUUCCUUCUGUUUUCUACCUUUUGAUGUACUCUUCUCCUAUUCUUGUUUGCACUGCUGUUUCCAUCCGAUUUUAUUUGAAAACCAAAAAACCUGAUGUCCAAUGGAUUAAGAAAAAAGACAGUGAUGAGAGAUCAUCUGCUGAUGUAAAUAGACCGAACGAGACUUUGUUACGACCCCAGAAAAGUGUAAGAAGAAAUGCUAGGAAGGAGGUCGUAGAAUGGGAUAGAAAAGAUAGCCCGGAAAGGGACACGCUUUUUCCGACAAAUCCUUAUAAUAGUCUGUCUAGUAAAAUUAAUUUUCUGGAAGAAAAUUCGAAGUUGAUCUUCGAUGUGAAGGGAAGUUCUAAUAUGGAACAUGGAGAGAGUUCUUCCCAGAAUGAGACUGGAGGAAAUGAUCGAGCAUUUGAUGACCUGAAUCUGCUCUUGGAUAAGGAGACAUCAAAACCUCAUAGUGUCUCGGGUGAUAGCUUUCAAGGGCAGUCAGGAAAAGAUCCUGAUGGUGGUGGUGGCGGUGGCGGUGGUGGCGAGGUAGACAUAGAAAGCUUGGAAGAAGGGGAGGAUGAGGAGGAAGAAGAGGUGCAGGAAGAUGGGAAUAAUAAGGCUGUUGAAUGGACGGAGAAUGAUCAGAAGAAUCUUAUGGAUCUUGGGUUUUCUGAGUUGGAAAGAAACAAAAGGCUGGAAAGUUUAAUAGCCAAACGUAGAGCCAAAAGGAUGUUCAAAAUAGCAGUUGAGAAAAGCCUGAUGGACAUGGAUAGUGUUCCCCCUACUCAAAUUGCUCCCAUUCUAAUUGUUAAAAACAACAUUCUUGGUGUUUCCAGUAAUCCCAAUGAAGAAGAAUUGCAAAUGCCUGGUUCUGCCCCUUCCAUCUUGUUGCCUACACAGAAUCCAUUUGACCUACCUUAUGAUCCACUUGAAGAAAAACCAAAUCUUAUGGGAGAUAGUUUUCACCAAGAAUUCAUGGCAGCCAACCAAAAGGAAAUGCUCUUCUGCAGGCAUGAAAGCUUCUGUCGUGGACCUUUGUUUUCGUUGGAAACCACUCAAGAACCAAAUGAUGCUCACUUUAACCCCUAUUAUGGUACCGAGAGAAGGCUUGCAGAGGGUCCAGCAGUUGCUAGAUUCAAAAGGCUGCCAGAUAAAGGAGGUCACCACCAGCAUAAUUCCUCUGGUUUAGGAAGUGAUAUUGAUCUUGUUGAACCACAAGACUCCAAUCACAAUAAGGCAAUGAACUCAUCGGAAGGGAAAAACGAAAAGAUUACAGAAAGUGCGAAUGAUAGGAUUGAAACAGAAGGAAAGAAGAAGGAAAACACUCAUGACCUGGAGCCAGGAUUAAUUGGAAGUGAAGUCAAAAUGGAGACAGAUUCAAUAAAAAACAAUGAUUCGUGUGACUCAUCUUCAUCCGAAGCUAGUGAAUCGGUCUUAGAUCAAACAAGUAAAUCUCCAGAGAUACGUACUGAUCAAGUGCAAAAGGCCUUUAAUCUUUCAAUUCCUCCUAAGGGGAGAACUGUGAAUAGACUUCCCUACGAUUCCAGUCCAUCUCCAUCUGAAAGGCGUAGGACAACAGAGUUUAAUUUAUUUUACAGUACAUAUAGGCGACAGUGUCAUACUCCAACCUGCUCCAUAGCUUCUGACUUGCAAGUUGAGGUCUCAGAAGUUGGUUCACCUCCACUAACAACCGAUGGAACAGUUUCAUCUGUUGAUGGUGAUUCAGUUACAUAUGAUGCAGAUGUUGAUAGGGAUAUCGCUUCUGACAGUGAAGAACUGUGGGGAGGUUCAUUUAACCUAUCAAGAUCAGAGGCAAAUCAAGAAAAACUAAGAGAAUUAGAUGAUAUUAUUGAAGAGGAUUCUGUAAACUUUUCAAGUUUAAACAGGAAACCUGAGGAGCCAAUUGCUCCAAUCUCUCCAUCUGAACAGGAAGCCAAGCAAAAUUUGAAUAGCACAAGUUCGCUAUCUUCAAGAAUAGAUAUACCUGAGAACGGUGCUUCGCAUCCAACAUAUACAAACCUUGAAACUCACGAAGAAGUCAAAAAAAUGGAUGAAGAAGUUGAGGGAUGCAAGACUUUCAAUGUUUCUGACACUUUAUCACCUGAAUCUCCUGGGAAAACCAUGCAUUUGAUGGAGAAGUCAGUGGUUCAUUCACCUUCCGAAUCUUGUUUCGAGAAGCCAGAGAAGCCUACAGAAGAGUUGAACAUAAUUGGUAAUGUGAAGCUGACAACUCAAGGAGAUGCUGACACUUUAGACUCGAAAUCAUCUGAAAAUGGAGAGAAUGGAGUCCAAAUAUUGAUUGAACCUCCAGCUUUAGGGGAGAUGAGAAAACCAGCUGAGGCAAUCAACUUAGAUUCCAGCGAGCACAGGCAUGGCAAUUUAGAAACAUCUUAUGAGUCAAAAAGAAUUAUGGAAUCUGAAGAGGAGACGCAGGAAAGUCAACCUUCAAAGUAUAUUGAAGAAGACACUCAUAACCUAACGGAGCAUGACACUGGGGAUGCACCAAAUGCAGUUCAAAGCAGAGAACAACCUUCAAAGAAUAUUGAAGAAGAUACUCAAAACUUAACUGAGCAUAACACUGAGGAUGCACCGAAUGCAGUUCAAAGUAGAGACGACUUGAAGUCUUUUCCAUAUAAUAUGGUUGAUCAAAAUGUUGCCGAGGAUAAUGUUUCUGGAGUGAAACAAAGAUUUGGUGGUCCUAUUGCAAUGACUCUAAAUCGAAGAUUGGUGAUUGAACAAAUUUCUAUCGACUCAUAUUCAUCUCCAAGGUCUGUGUUACCACAAAACAUCCUGGAAGAUCAAAUACCUAUAUCAGAUGUUGAGCAACGAACACAAACAGAUAUGCCACAUUCUGUUGUGGAAGACAUAGCAAGUGACAAUUUAGCAGAGGACCAACCACAUGAAAACUUAGAUUUUAACAUGCCCCUAAUUGCACAGCAAUUGGUUGAGAAUUCUGCUGAUCACUCAUCCAUUAAUUGCAGUAUUGGAACAUUGGAGGGAUCAUCUAACAUGAUAGAGAAGAGUACUAAUGAUAGCACUGCCCAUAAUAUGAAUGAACUUGUGUUAGAAGACACACAUGGCAAGGAAGAUUCUUCUAUAAAAUCCAGUGAAGUUGAAUCAGAAACGUUGAUGAGUUUAAAGGAUGCUAAAGAAUUAUCAAAACCAUCCAGUGAAAGUAGUCCUGGUUCUAUUGAGCAUCUUGAAGGAGGAUCAGAAAAUCUGAUCGAAUAUGACACUGGAAUUGAUCCAUCAAAAUCAGAAGAGGAAAAUGCUAAAUCAAAUGAUCCUGAAACAAUGGCGAGAGAAGAGGUAAUCCCACCACUUAAUUUUGGCAAAAGAUCUCUAUACUUGCUUCAUUCAGUUGUCACUGAAUUACAACAACAAUACAGUAUCCUUUCAGCUUUUGAAUUAGAACCAACAAAUUCUCCAAGGAAGGUCAUUGAGGAAGGCAAAAUUGUCAUAAAUAUUAAUAAUUCAGAAGUCAAUGAGAAGGAAGAAGGGAAGAACUUGACAACCGAUGAAGGUGAAUCCCAAUUCUCAAUCCGACCGAAGGACAUCAAUGGACCUGAAAAAUCAAAUGAACAUGAAGCUGAUGUGCUCAAAACAGAAGCAAAUGAAGGCGGUAAUACAAGCAUUCCUGCAACUGCAAGAGAAGAAGAGACUCCUAUCUGCUCCUUCACGAAGAACAGUUUCCGUUAUACUUCUGAUUAUGUUUUGCCUACAAAGUCUGCAGCAGAAGUUAAUGGCAUUGGCGACGUGAAUGACUCAUUAGCUGAUAAUUUAACCAACAAAGAGAUCUUGAACCAUGUUCUUGACGGUGAAGGUGAGCCCCACAUAUCGAGUAGACAAGAGGAUGUCAUAGAACCAUCAAAGACCACCGGGGCAACUAGUGCCGGAUCUGUUGAAGAUACUGAACAUGAAUCCAAAAGAUUAACCGAAGCUGAAUUCAAUGCUGACCUAUCAACUUCAGCAGGAGAAAGUAACAGCAGCUUGAAUAACAUUAAAAAUGGUGAAGAGAUACAAAAUUUGAGUGGUCCAGAAGGUGUAUCAGAUGCACCACAUUCAGGUGAGGAUAAUCUCAAGGCCAUUGAAAGCAUCUCAGCUGUAGGUAAUAGCACGACGAGUACAUUAAUCGACCAUAAGAUUGCAGAGGAAGCAUCAAAACCAACAGAAUCUGAAGUCAAGGCUGUCAACACUGAGGAAAAUGAUAGCAAUGCAGCGGCAAAAUAA